AUGGCGGACUGACCUUUCCUGGAGUUCUCAGCUAAACCCAGACUGUGAACAUCCGUGUACACUGGUACUCUCCCGUCCCUGAACAGGUUAGCCCACAAUGGGUUCCGAAGAGAUGACAAUGCCUCCAUUCGGACUAGAGUUGAGAGAAAAGGAAUUCUGCAUGAGGAAAGGGUCCAUGUUUCUUAAUCAUGGUUCGUUCGGAAUGGUACCGAGGCGAAUAAAAGACGUCCAGAAAAGCUACAUCGAUAAGAUGGACGAUCAUCCAGAUGACUGGUUCCGCCGGAACAACCUCGGCAAAUGGAAGGCCGGAAGGGACGCUAUCGCCAUGUUUGUCAAUGCUAACCCCGAGGAUGUUGUACUCGUACAGAACGCAACGACAGGGAUAAAUACAAUUUUGAAGUCUCUGAACCUUAAAGAGGGUGACGGUAUCCUAGCAACAGACAACACGUAUCCAGCGAUUCAGUUCACGUGCGAACACGUGAAAACAUCAAUUAACGGAGCGAAGUACCACAUGAUGGGCGUUAAAUACCCAAUAGAGAACGAAGAUGACGUAGUGGACCAGUAUCGACAGUUCCUCUCCUCUAACCCUAACGUGCGCCUGGCGGUCAUAGAUCACAUCACAAGUUCCACUGCCGUGGUCAUGCCCAUCAAGAAAAUCAUUCAGGUGUGUCGAGAGCAUAAUGUCAUGUCUAUGAUAGACGGUGCGCAUGCGCCAGGACAGGUGCCCAUUGAUAUGAAGGACCUGGAUCCAGACUUUUAUACAGGUAAUCUACACAAGUGGGCGUAUACACCGAGAGGAUGUGCUCUCCUCUACGUGAGGAAGGAACAUCACGCCUGGGUCCGCCCCCUAGUCACCUCAUGGUAUUACUUGAAAGAGUUCACGAUGGAAUUCUUCAUGCAGGGAACACGUGACGAUUGUGCUUACGUAACUGUACCCGACGCUCUUCAAUUUUACGAUGACCUUGGAGGAAUGACUGCAAUAACUGGGCACAAUUCCUCUCUCCUGGACAUCCUGACUGAGCGGAUGGUGACGGAAUGGGGUACGGAUAAACUUCCCAUCCCCCGGGACAUGGAAGCCCCAUGUUUGAGAAUGGUCAGGCUGCCGAAAAUGGACGGCUAUGACAUCACGACAGCCGAGGCGUACCGAUUGAUGGACGACCUUUUCUAUGAACACGAUAUUCAAGUACAGCUGUUCUGUGUCCUUGACAGUCUGUUUGUCCGACUGUCCGCUAACGUGUACAACUACGCGGAUGAAUAUAGCGUUUUCAUCAAUCUGAUACGGGACGUGUCACAAAACAAACGACCGAUGUGUCUGGAAAGGAUUUCGGCCAAGAGUUCGGAGAAUUCUGACAUGCCAUUCUCGGCAAAGUAAACAGCUAUACUGAUAUAUCAAAUCUGUCAUAAAAAAGGAUCAUACCAUACAAACUAUAUUUUUUAAACAAUAUGUAUAACAGUGUAGGUGGCGUCAGACAUGUUCUGGCAUUAGACAUAGGCCUAAGCAUUAUGUCAUUUUUUUCCGAAGACACAUCUUUGUUGUGCGUUUCGACAUCAUUCACAUUACCAUUUGAGGUCGGACGCCAUAACAUGAUGUAAUUUUAUCGAAGACACAUAACUUAACCUCCUUCGACGUUUAAUGUACAAGUACGGAACUCUAUGACGUCACAUUUACCGUCACCAAACUUUAUACAUAUGUUAUUUUAUGCGUCGACAAUAAAUAUAUA